AACCUUUGUAAACCAAACCAUGGUUGCUGCUUCUACUCUGCAUCAACUGCUCCACUCAACACGCUGCACAUCACCCGUGCGAUUCUCUUCCCAUUCUCCUUCGUUUAAUUCAUGCAACAAGCUUUUGUUCAGAAGAGACGGAGACUGCAAUCAGUUCUCUAAAUUGAAUGAAAUUUCGGGCCACCGGAUUCUGGCUAUGGCUUGCAAUGCAACAUCUUCGUCGGAAGAAGGCAACAUUGUGGAAGCCGACAACGAUGACGAUGGUGUCUCCCUUGGGACCAUGAUAUUACCCCUUGACAUCGAUAUUCCUAGAUUCGAAACUCUGCUCUUCCAGUGGGCGAACAGUCUCUGCCAGGGAGCUAAUCUUCCCCUUCCCGUGCCGUUGAAGGUGGAUAAAAUCAAAGGUGGAGCUAGAUUGGGAUUCAUCACAAUUGGAGAUGGCCAGACUCAAGUUUUGGUAUAUAUUGAUUGCACAGUUUUUUCAGCAACCGAAGGCUCUGGUCCAAUUUUCCGUGCCAUAAGGAAUGGACCAUUAAAAGAUCAGUCACCUCCUGGUGAGCCAAGAAUCAUGAGAAGUCUUCUGCAAGCCCUCAAAAAGUCAGUCGAAAUCGCUAGAGUUUAAGCUUCACAAACACAAGUAUUCUAUUU